ACCCCGCGGCCCGGCAGCGCAGCCUCGGAGCCUGCGGCGCAGGAGGAGAGGGCGGUGCGGGUCGGGUCCGGCCGCCGCGCCCGCUUCAGCACCUUCCGCUGUCCGCCGCUGCGGUCGCCUCGUCCUGCAGUUACUGCUAAGUGAUCGUGACAUGCUUCCGCUCUGAGAUCAGCUAAAGGUUUCAACCCUGCGCUCCAGACCAUCAAGGAGAUGUGCUGACUGUUCUGAAGCCGGUUUCCAAUUGCCUUGAUUAAAGUAGGAACGUUCUAUGGCUUGGAUGACUUACAUUUCGCAUUGGUUUGAGCAAGAUGAUUGUUAUGAAGGACUACAAAGAGCAAACAUGUCCCAGGUAAGACAAGUGGGACUGCUGGCUGCUGGAUGUCAGCCAUGGAACAAAGAUGUGUGCGUUGCCAAUGGAGACAGGUUUGCGUACUGUGCUACCCUGGCCAUCUAUGUUUAUCAGUUGGAUCACCGUUAUAAUGAAUUCAAACUUCACGCAAUUAUGUCUGAACAUAAAAAAACAAUCACAGCUAUCUCUUGGUGUCCACAUAACCCUGAUCUGUUUGCAAGUGGCAGUACCGAUAAUUUAGUGAUCAUUUGGAAUGUUGCAGAACAAAAAGUCAUUGCUAAACUCGACAAUACGAAAGGGACGCCUGCCUCUCUCAGCUGGUGCUGGAAUGCAGAUGACGCAGUGGCGUUUGCUUCCCAGAGAGGCCCACUGUUCAUCUGGACCAUCUCAGGACCGGACAGUGGCGUGACUGUGCACAGAGAAGCCCAUAGCUUCCUGUCUGAUAUCUGUAUAUUCAGAUGGCAUACCCAGAAAAAGGGGAAAGUUGUCUUUGGUCAUAUUGAUGGAAGUCUAUCAAUUUUUCAACCAGGUAGUAAAAGUCAGAAACAUGUUCUGAGACCUGAAUCUCUUGAAGGGACCGACGAAGAGGAUCCCGUUACAGCCCUGGAAUGGGACCCACUGUCUACUGAUUACCUCCUAGUGGCUAAUUUGCAUCGUGGAAUUCGCCUAGUAGAUUCAGAAUCACUUUGUUGCAUAACAACAUUUAAUUUUCCCAGUGCAGUAGCUUCUGUGCAGUGCUUGGCCUGGGUUCCCGGUGCUCCUGGCAUGUUUAUAACUGGAGAUUCUCAAGUGGGUGUUUUGCGCGUUUGGAAUGUUUCUAGAGCAACACCUGUUGAUAAUUUUAAAUUAAAGAAAACAGGGUUUCACUGCUUACAUGUACUGAAUUCUCCUCCAAGGAAGAAAUUUUCAGUCCAGUCCCCAACCAAAAAUCAUUAUACAUCCUCAACGAGUGAAGCAGUACCACCCCCAACUUUGACACAGAAUCAAGCAUUUUCUGUUCCUCCUGGUCACGCAGUGUGCUGUUUCUUGGAUGGUGGAGUUGGACUUUAUGAUAUGGGAGCUAAGAAGUGGGAUUUUCUUAGGGACUUGGGUCAUGUGGAAACUAUCUUUGACUGCAAAUUCAAACCUGAUGAUCCCAAUCUUUUAGCAACAGCUUCCUUUGACGGCACAAUAAAAGUCUGGGAUAUAAACACACUGACGGCAGUGUACACUUCCCCAGGGAAUGAAGGGGUUAUUUAUUCCCUUUCAUGGGCUCCAGGUGAUUUAAAUUGUAUUGCUGGAGCAACUUCUCGAAAUGGUGCUUUUAUUUGGGAUAUUAAAAAGGGCAAAAUCGUACAACGAUUUAAUGAGCAUGGAAAAAAUGGAAUAUUCUGCAUUGCCUGGAGUCAUAAAGAUUCCAAAAGAAUAGCAACCUGCAGUGGUGAUGGUUACUGUAUUAUUCGAACAGUUGAUGGUAAAGUACUACACAAAUACAAACAUCCAGCUGCAGUGUUUGGUUGUGAUUGGAGCCAAAACAACAGAGACAUGAUAGCCACUGGCUGUGAAGACAAAAAUGUUCGUGUCUAUUAUGUGGCCACCAGUUCGGAUCAACCACUGAAAGUGUUUAGUGGGCAUACAGAGAAAGUGUUCCAUGUUAGGUGGUCUCCUCUGAGGGAGGGAGUUCUUUGCAGUGGCUCGGAUGAUGGUUCUGUUCGAAUCUGGGAUUAUACUAAAGAUGCAUGCGUAAACGUUCUUAGAGGACACACGGCCCCUGUGCGGGGAUUAAUGUGGAAUACUGAGAUCCCAUACCUACUAAUAUCUGGCAGCUGGGACUAUACUAUAAAAGUGUGGGACACUCGGGAAGGAGCUUGUUUGGAUACCGUGUACGAUCAUGGCGCAGAUGUAUACGGUUUAACAUGCCACCCACGUCGCCCCUUCACUAUGGCCUCGUGCUCCCGGGACUCUACGGUGAGACUCUGGUCAUUAACGCCGUUAAUCACUCCUUUACAAAUAAAUAUUCUGGCAGAUAGAUCCUGGGAAGAAAUUAUCGGGAACACUGAUUGUGCUGUAGAACAAGGCAUGCCCCCUCUGCUGUGUGGCAAAGUGUCAAGAGACAUCAAACAGGAGAUAGAGAAACUAAGUGGCAACCCUCGUGUGAAAAAACUAAGAUGGUUUUCAGAAUGUUUAUCACCUCCAGGUGGCAGUGACAAUUUAUGGGACUUAGUUGCUGUGAUAAAAGGGCAAGAUGAUAGCUUACUUCCUCAGAACUACUGUAAAGGAAUAAUGCAUUUGAAACAUCUGAUUACAUUCCGAACAUACAAAACUACUAGUCACCUUAUACAUGAAGCGAUAUGCAGUUCCAACAGUAAACCAGUCCUGAGACCAGAAAGAAGAAAAAGCUUUUAUAUUUGCAAUGAAGUAUCAGUGGGUGACUAUUUAAUUGUUAGACCAUGGAGAGCCAGGGAUGUGGAUUUGAUGGUGAUAGGAAGCAGCUAUUUUCAUAAAGAAUCUGAAGCCCAAGAACUAACCACAGUCAAGAUGUCUAAAUUUGGUGGUGGUAUUGGUGUCCCUACUAAAGAGGAAAGACUGAAGGAAGCUGCUGAAAUACACUUGCGAUUAGGACAGAUCCGGAGAUACUGUGAGCUGAUGGUGGAACUUGGAGAGUGGGACAAAGCCUUGUCAGUUGCGCCAGGGGUGUCUGUGAAAUACUGGAAGAAGUUGAUGCAGAGGAGAGCUGAUCAGCUGAUCCAGGAAGAUAAGGAUGAUGUCAUUCCAUACUGCAUAGCCACUGGCGAUGUGAAAAAAUUAGUCCAUUUUUUUAUGUCAAGAGGUCAGCUGAAAGAAGCUCUUCUUGUUGCCCAGGCUGCUUGUGAGGGAAAUAUGCAAACCUUCCAUGUUUCAACACCUAAAGGAUCUUCUUAUUCUGAUGAUAUCUACAAGGAAGACUUUAACGAACUCCUGCAGGAAGCCUGCAGAGAGCUGGCGGAAUGGUAUUUUCAGGAUGGCCGGGCAGUCCUAGCCGCGUGUUGCCACCUCGCUGUGGAUAAUAUCGAGCUGGCUAUGGCGUACCUGAUUCGCGGAAACGAGCUGGAGUUGGCAGUCUCUGUGGGCACAGUGCUUGGAGAGCUGGCAGGACCCGCAACCCACUAUGCCCUCGAGCUGCUGGCGAGAAAGUGCAUGAUGAUUCCAACGUGCUUUCCAUCCACUGGAUACAGGAAUUUGGCUGUUGAUCUUCUCCUGAUGACUCCUGACAGCGAACUACAGUUAGUAAAACUCUGUGCUUUCUACCCGGGGUGUAUCGAAGAGAUAAAUGAUCUUCAUGAGAAGUGCAAGCUACCCACAGUAGAAGAAUGUAUGCAAUUAGCUGAGACAGCCCAUGCCGAUGGCAAUAUAUUUGAAACUAUAAAGUAUUACUUGUUAAGUCAAGAACCUGAGAAAGCCCUUCCUAUUGGUAUUGACUUCAUCAAAGGAUCCAUCAGUAGUUCCAAUUGGACUUUGGAUACCAUUUACCCCGUUCUUGACCUACUGAGUUAUGUUCGUACUGAAAAAUUACUCCUGCAUACAUGUACUGAAGCUCGAAAUGAACUGCUGAUACUAUGUGGGUAUGUUGGUGCUUUGCUGGCUAUCAGAAGACAGUACCAAAGCAUCGUCCCGGCACUUUAUGAGUACACGAGUCAGCUAUUGAAACGUCGGAAGGUGUCAGUGCCUAUAAAAAUCGAACACCUUUCUGAGGAAUUGGAUGCAUGGAGAGCUUGCACACGAUCCAUCAACCGAUCAUCAGAAGAAGCUCCACAUACACCCCCUUCUGAUUCACAAAGAAUGGUUUAUGCAACUUUACUGAAGAGACUAAAAGAAGAACCACUCAGAGGAAUUAUUGGACCAGAUUAUGUGACCGGGUCAAACCUACCGAGUCAUUCUGAUAUUCACAUCUCUUGUUUUACAGGAUUAAAAAUCCAGGGCCCUGUAUUUUUCCUUGAAGAUGGGAAAUCCACCAUCUCCUUGAAUGACGCUCUGAUGUGGGCAAAGGUGAACCCAUUCUCACCUUUGGGGACUGGAAUACGACUCAACCCAUUUUGACAGAAGGUUUUUCUCACACUUAAUUGUUUUUUUAAAGACCUUUUUCCGCACUUGGGCAUCAGCUUCACUGUGCUUCUAAAGAUCACCUACUCCUCAGCAGCUCACCCUCACCGAGGCUGGAAGACGUGUCUAAGGUCAUUUCUGCUCAUCAGCCAUGCCCUGUUUAUGCUUAAACACCACCCUGGUCAUUCCCAGAACUGUGAUUAUCACAAUUAAUUAUUGGGCAGCUUAAAAUCAGCAUUCUCAAAAAUCAACACCGGUGAUAACAGAAUUCAGUUCAAGAAUCGAAAGUGUUGAGGUAUGUCCAUGGCUAAAGAGAACAUGUGUUCCAAAGAAGACAGCAGAGAGAGAGGUUAGCUCUGCACUAAGAUGGACAUUUAAACUGAUGACUAAAUGGAAUGGUUGUGUUUCGAUCCAGGAAUUCCGACAAGACCCAGUGAGUGGAAGUAAUAGUGAGACAGAUUAAAUGUAAGCAAGUAUUCGGUAUAAAAAAUAAUGAUAUCUGAUUUUGCAGUGUUAAAAAAAUAACUUGACAAAACGAAAAUGCUGAACAAAAGAACUGAAGUGGGGAGGGGGCUGGUAGGGAUUGGUCAGUGUCCUAGUGUUGUAAGGUCCUUACAGUUUGAGGAAGAGAAUAAAGAUAUUACUCUUAGACUAAGAUAAAUAUGCAUGUUAAAGUUUCUAGCGUAGCACUAAAGAGAAUAGAAAUUUAUAAUUUUCCAAAUUAGUAGGGAGGAAAAACGUCUUUGGAUAAAAGUUCAGUCCAAAAGAAGAAGAAAAAUAGGUAAGACAAAAACAAGAAACAGAGAACAAAUUAAAAGCACAAAAUAAUAUGAUAGAUAUGAAUACAUAUAUGGUAAUAAGUAUGACUGAAUUAAUAACAAUAAAAGUCACAGUAGAUGAAAUUACAACAAAUCUACGAAUCAGGGCACAGUGGCAGGCUUUUCUUUCAUCUGUGCUCAAGAAAAGCCUUCUUAAGCUUGGAAGAACCCAGUUGACUAUUUCCAAGAAAACUUACCUGGAUUCAGU